AUCAGACAUCAGUGACUUAUAGUCUGAUUAUUUUCAGACAACGUUUAAACAUUUUAUAUUUUAUUUUUAUAUAAUAAAAUCAUUUUAUAUAGUAUUUAUUAUUACAGUGAAUUUGAAAUACUUUUAAAAAGUUAUAAAUAAGGAAAAUAUUGAACUUUCCAUCAAAAUAAAAGACUAGGAGUGACUCAAUACCCGAGCACAUUAUGGCCACUCGAUGGGGGAUAUUAAGCGCCGGCAAAAUCAGCCACGACUUUGUCUCAGCUCUCAGGACACUGCCUACCGAUGAACACGAGUUGGUGUGUGUGGCGGCCAGGGAUCUGAAAUCUGCUCAGGAGUUCGCCCGACUUCACGGCAUUCCCAAAGCGUAUGGAUCUUACGAUGAGUUAGCCCGGGAUCCGCGCGUCGAAGUGGUAUACGUGGGGACUAUACAUCCGCACCACUUGUCGGCCACUAAACUACUACUAAAAAACGGCAAAAACGUUUUGGUCGAGAAACCCUUAACCCUUAACCUGAAAGGCACUCAGGAGUUGACAUCCCUGGCCCGCAAACACAACCUCUUCUUAAUGGAGGCCCUGUGGUCGCGAUUUCUACCCUCCUAUGAGUUCGUCAUGAAUGCCAUUAACACCGGUAUUAUUGGCGACGUAAACCACGUGACUGUUAACUUCGGAAUGCCUAUCGCGGACGUGGAUCGGGUCAACCGGAAGGAGUUGGGCGGCGGAACGGUAAUAGACAUCGGUAUCUACACGUUAAAUGUGGUGCAAAUGGCGUUCGGCGGCGAAAAGCCCACUGAAAUCAAGGCGAUCGGCCAUUUGAAUGAGAAUGGAGUGGACGAGAGUAUGACGGCUGUCCUCAAGUACAGCAAUGGCCGCACCGCUAACGUAGCCACCAGUGCUCGGGUCAAGUAUCCUUGUGAGGCACAUAUAGUCGGCACUAAAGGAGUUGUCAGGAUACCGUUCCCGUUCUGGUGCGCCGACAAGAUAUACCUGAAUGACGUGAAGUAUGAGUUUGAUUUACCACAACCGGCCGAGAUAUGCAACUUCUGGAACAGCUGUGGGCUCCGGUAUGAGGCCGAGGAGGUCCGCAAAUGUCUGAUCGCCGGCAAAGUCGAGAGCGCCGUUAUGUCGCACAAGGACUCGGAGCUGUUGGCGGCCAUUAUGGAUGAGAUUCGCAGACAGAUUGGCGUCAAGUAUGACGUCGACUAGUGUUACCCUGGUGCUCAUUAUACUUGUUUUAUUGUCGCUAUUUUUCUCGAAUACCUCUUAAUAUAUCUCAUCCGGCAUUAAAUGACUGAUUAAUAAAUGCUCACAAACUUUGUAUAACGUAAUCAAAGUAAAGCUAUUUUGAAUAAAUUUACUUUCAAAUGAGAA